UAGUGAGUUUACGGAGUUUAAAAUCAACCAUGUCUGACGAUGCCCCGUUUCUUCAUCCAAAAGAUGAAUCGGGCGACAAGCCUCCUCCAGUUUACUAUGACAGAAGUAGUACACCUGCGAUGAGAUACAUUGUCAUUGCUACACUCGUCAGUGUAGUCAUCUCCCUCUUAGUUGCUGUUAUAGUUGUAGUUGUGAAGACUGCCACGGCUAAUACUUUGUUCUCUCUAUUACUCGUUAGCUUACUUGCUUUCUCACAAGUUGAAUUUUUUCUGGUUUACUUUGUAUACAAGGAGAAGAUGCCUAGGGCCUAUGUAUGGACCAUUUUUGUUGUGGCUACUUUCAUUUUUGUAGAGUCCAUUUGUACUAUUAUUGUUGUCACGACAACUUGAGAACGGCAGGAUUCGUCUUUGUCUCAUAUUAUGAGUGUUUAAAAGUUACAACAUUGUGUUAUGAGAUUUAUUAUUAUUAUUAUUAUUAUUAUUAUUAUUGAAUAUUUUAUGUUUUUUAAUAAAGAGAAAAUUUUCAUGCUGCUAUUUAUGAAGAUUAA